AAUUAACUCUAUAGGUACAAACAUUAAACAUGGGACGAAUAUUAUAGUAUCAAGAUAAUAAAAGGGCCGCAAAAAAGUUUGAGCACGGCAGGCUGGAUGAUCUCGCUCCUCGGCAUAGUGUACAUGCCAUCGUAACAUGAAGGCUGUUGGCAUUCUCUGACAGGUCGAAUGAAUUUUAUUCAAUGGUCCGGUCAAUGCAUUGCGGUAAGAAAACAGGCAGGAGCUGUUUUGGCCUUGCCCCCUUUGAGCUUCCAGGCUCAUGUGAUGCACGGGCCGCCGCGAUUGAUUGCCAGAAGGAUGCCAUCGAAGGAUGAAGCACUCAAGUCUUCUUCCCUUGCAUCUUCCACUCUUUCAUCCUGCGACUUUUACCGCUUUAAUCUAUUCACUGCCGGACAGCAACCGAAGAAAAAUAUGUCAAAACGUGGCCUUUCUAUGGAGGAGAAGAAGACGAAGAUGUUGGAAAUCUUUCAUGAAUCGGCCGAAUUUUACUCUUUGAAAGAACUUGAGAAAAUCGCUCCAAAGAGCAAGGGUAUUGUCGUACAAAGUGUGAAAGAAGUACUCGACGAUCUUGUGAGCGACGGUUUCGUGGUCAUGGAUAAGAUUGGUACUGGCAAUUACUUUUGGGCCCUUCCGAGUGCUGCAGGUGCUACAAAAAAUACUGCACUUGUCAAAGCCACCAAGGAGCUCGAAAAGAUUGACGCUGGCAUUUCCGAGACACAAGCAGGGUUGGUAGAGGCAGAAAAGGGCCGGGAAGAUACUGAAGAACGCCGUACCCUUUUGGCUGCACUCCAGCAAGAAGAACAAACUUCUAUUAAACUGAAAGCCGAGUUGGCUGCUUUCGGAGCUGCUGAUCCAGUUAGGUAUCAAAAGAAGAGAGAGGCGGUGAAAGUCUGCAAGGAUGCAGCUGUAACAUGGACUGAUAAUACAUUAAUGUUGCUUCAGUACGCUGUGUCGCUAGGGGUUGAAGCCGCGGCCAUCAGAGGCAUGCUCGGUAUAACGGAGGAAUGGGAGGAUCUCAAGUUGUGAUAGUUAGCAACCUUUGUAUCAGUAAUAAACCUUCCGUCUAUGUUCUGUAUCAUUGGCCAUGUCAUCAUGCAAGAAAAGACAUUCAUUCCAG